AACACUCGAGGAAGCUGAACAAGUUGAAUCUUGUUUCUGAAUUUGAACAGACUUGACCAUUUACUGCUGAAUUGGAUUAUAUUUAAGAACUCUGUAAUGUUGUUCUGCAAUCAAGUUUUUAAUGGCUAUGGUGAUAGAAAUGAGAGCCAUAACAAUUCUGUGGAGUGUCUAUGCCAUAUAUAGGUGCUUCGCAGAUGUGGGCACAGCUACAUCUUAUUCUCCUCCUUAUGUCCCCUCAAAAUGUUAUGGAGAUAAUCAAAAGCAGUUUCCAGCUGGAAAUCUGUUUGCAGGAGCAAGUGAUGCAAUCUGGGACAAUGGAGCAGCUUGUGGGAGGCAGUACAGUGUGAGAUGUCUGAGUGGAACAAAUCAAACGUCACAAAAUCCAUGCUUAAACAACACCAAUACAGAUUCCAUUGUGGUCAAGAUAGUCGACUAUUGCUCUUCCGAGUGCAAGGGAACACUGCAACUUUCUGCUGAUGCCUUCCAGGAUAUUGCUAAUUCUACAGCAGGGAUAAUCAAUAUUGAAUAUGAUCAAGUAUGAUAGCAUCAACCUGAAUUUACAUAAAUCUUGGGAAUUCCUCUUGCUUAAGGGUAGCAUGAAUUGUGGAAUUAAAGCUCAAGGUCAUCUUGUAAAGAGAGAGAUUGUAUAAGCAUCAAUUUCAUUCUAUUCUCUGUAUCACACAAGUUCUGUGAAAUCAAUAUUGAUUGCAACUCGUUCCAAAACAGUCAAAUUCAUUGUGAUUGUGUUACAAAAGUUCGGUGAAACCAGUAUAUUGUAUGUCGUUGUAUUUGGGAUUUCAAUACAGGGUGAAUUGUAUUUGUAUUGCUUUUCA